AUGGACGAUGGGUUUCUAGUAGUGACUCUCGGCUUCCUACUCCUAAGCAUUACCAUCAUGUAUCGAGAAGUAAUCGUUUGCAUGUACCUCGUCAACGCUCUACAGAUGGGUGUAAAAGAGAUGGAUCCUCCGCCCGAUUGGGAAGACAUAUCCCAUCAGUACUACGUGUGGAGGAGCAUCCACCUCACAACGACGUGGUGUGCUUCCAGUGCCGAUAAUCUGAGCUCUCUCCCUUUCUUUGGAGAGCUGUCCGACCGAAUCUGGCCUGGCAGAUCUACUGGUGGCGUGUAUACGGUCGCUGUUCUAACCUAUGUGGUCACGUUUAUCUCAUCGACUGUCCUUAUAUCUUCGAUCCGCGAGAAUGAAAGCCAUCACUUUUUUCCGCAAAAGUCAGAGUUACUGAUGAUGAAUAGUUCCCUUAUCAUAGAGUCGAUUGUGCUCAUGUCCCAAGAUACCCUCGGUGCUUUACUGAUCCUCAUGAUUACGGUCUGCGUUAUCUGGAAAAUCCAAGUCCGGUGGUCUCACAAUGUCAUUUUGAUGUGUUCGCUUUGCUUGACGGUGCUGAUGGUCGCGCUUUCGAUCGUUCGCGUCUCAACCCGAUUCUGCCGGGAGCAAAGUUUCCAUAUGGCUGUCAACAGAGACCAAGAGACCUAG